UGGAGUUAGCAUUAAGUUUAAUGUUUUGAUUAGCAUUAAAAUAAUUGUUAGGGCUAAAGUUAGUUUUUUUUGUUAGGGUUAAUGUUAGUGUUAGGACCAGUGCCAAGGGUUCAGAUCCUUAUUAGCAGGAGGGUUUGUAUGAGAGUUGGGGUUGGCAUAAGCAUUAGUGCCAGGGUUCAGGCCAGGGUCAGGUUUAGGCUGAGGGAACUGAAGCAUUUACAGCUGGGUUUAUGCUGACACACAGCUCAACCCUAACAGCUGGUGAGGAGGAUGCUCCCAGUCCCUCCUGCCUGUGGCAUUUCAGAAUCCUGAGCAGGGAUGUCUGAAGCCCUCACCUCUGCCCUGUGCCAGGGAAGCAUCUGCCAUGGGUUCUGUGAGCCCUGUGCUGGGGCAGAGCUCUCGUGGUGCUGUUGAGCCUCUCCUGAGCAGCCUGGGCUGUGGGACCCCUGCUUGGCUCCAGGUGCCCACCGAGACCCGGCCCCCUUGGGCCCAGCAUCUCUCCCGCCGCCGGCCCCCCGGCUCUCACGUCCUCCCACCAUGUAGCCACACUGCCCAGCUCUCCGGAGCGGGUAUUUGGCUUCCUGCCUGCAGCGGUGUGUGUUACCUCCCCGGCAUGUUUAAUUCAUGGGGCAGGAGGAAGGCUGGCAGCAGGGGCCCCCUUGCUGCCCCAGCCCCUUGGCUUCCAGUCUCCCAGUGUCCCAGAGUGGGUGCCGGUUGCGACCCCUGCUCCUGCUGCCUUCACAGCCCGACCCCGGCUGGGCACGGGGCUGGGGCAGAGGACGGAGGGCUGACCCCGCUGCGGGACAUCCCGGCGGGGCUGCAGCCCGGGGCCCCGGGAGUUGUCUGCCACAUUCGCUCCAGCGAGCAACUGUUUUGACAGAGCCAUUACUCACCCGUCAAGCUUUUGUUCCUGCUGCCCAGCGGUGCCUGUCUGGAGUCCUGAAUAGGAUCAAAUCCUGCAACCAGACACACGCACGCACGCAGGAGCGCGCGGCCGAGCUCGCCCCAAAGCCAGGGCUGCUGCGGGGCGGCUCGGCUCUCCCCAGCCCUCCCUCCGGAGCUUGGGGCUCUGCUCCCCCCAUCCCGAGACCUACAUGAAGCUCUUGGUCCUGCUGGUUUGCAGCCUCCUGGUGUGGAGGGUGGGUGAGACGAGGUCGGAUGCUCCAGAAAAGUUGUCCCCGCUGGCUCCGGGAGCUCUCAGCACGAAGGAGACCUUCCUGGUGCUCUCUUUGCACAACAAGUUGAGGAGCAAAGUGCAGCCCCCUGCUGCCAACAUGCAGAAGCUGGAGUGGAGCGAGGAGCUGGGGCGGCAGGCGGGGGCACGGGCAGCCAGCUGCCUGGAGGGCCCCGCUCCGCCGCCAGCCCCACAGCUGGGCUGGAGCGAGGCGCUGCUGCCGGCGGGCGCGGGAGGCUUCGGGGCCGUGCUGGAGCUCUGGUUUGCUGAGGGACAGCGCUAUGACUACAGGACCGGGCGCUGCGCCGGCAAUGCCACCUGCCGCCACUACACCCAGCUGGUGUGGGCCACAGCGGGGCAGCUGGGCUGCGGCCGGCACCGCUGCCCCGGCCCCCACGGCCCCAGCGAGGCCUUCGCGUGCGCCUACUCGCCGGGGGGCAACUGGGAGGUGGCCGGGACGCCCAUCCUGCCCUACAAGCAGGGACCCUGGUGCUCCCUCUGCACCGCUGGCCUCUCUGGCUGCUUCAAGUCCUGGGACCACAGCGGCGGGCUCUGCGAGGUGCCCAGGAACCCCUGUCGCAUGAGCUGCAGGAACAGUGGGCGCCUCGACAUGAGCAGCUGCCAGUGCACCUGUCCCCGCGGCUACACGGGCAGGUACUGCCAAGUGAGGUGCAGCGGGCAGUGCCUCCACGGAAGGUUCAGGAAGGAGGAGUGCUCCUGCCUCUGCGACGCGGGCUACGGAGGAGCUGAGUGCGGCACAAAGAUCCAUUUCCCCUUCCAUGCCUGUGACGUGCGGAUUGACAGCGACUGCUUCAUGGUGUCCCCUGAAGCCGACACCUACUAUGGAGCCAAAAUUAAAUGCCAGGAGAAAGGAGCAAUGCUGGCCCAGAUAAGAAACCAGAAGGUUCAGGACAUCCUGGCUUUCUACCUCAGCCGCUUGGAGAUGGGUAACAGGGUGACAGACACCGAUUUUGAGACUGGAAACUUCUGGAUCGGUCUCACCUACAAAACAUCCAAGGCUUCCUUCCGCUGGGAUGUGGGUGAGCCAUCCUCCUUCACCAGCUUUGCUUUUGGGCAGCCAGACAACCAGGGGUUUGGGAACUGUGUGGAGAUGCAAGCGUCAGCCGCCUUCAACUGGAACGACCAGCGCUGCAAGACCCGAAACCGGUACAUCUGCCAGUUCGCCCUGCCCAGACCUCUGUGUCUUUCCUGGGGUGGGAGGCACUGACUCUACACACGCCAUUGCAGCCCAGGAACACAUCGCCCUGUGGCAGCAGGAUCCCUGAGCUGGCAGCCCUGGGAACCGGCCAGCGCUGGCUGCUGUGCUGAACCUGGGGCUCAAGAGGACCCUGGUGCCGUGCAAAGCCCGGACUAUGGCUCAGGAGGAUCUCUGCACAGCUCACUUGUGCAGGGAAUGAGGGGCUGAGGGGACCUAUGGCACUGGGACCUGGCAAGAAGGGUUGUGCUGUACGUUAGCAUCCCUGACACAGCAUCUUCUUCUGCCCCUCACCUUCCUCUGUCACUAUCACUCUGCAACACCCUGGGCAGAUGUCCCUUGCAACAGCCAGGUACAAAAGCAUCCUCCUCCACAACUGGCAGCUGGGCUGUGUCUGGACUGUGGGCUCAGUGUUACGAGGGGCCAAGGGGGCUCUUUGGGGGUGCAGACCUUGGCAUAGCUCAGGGAGGCCCGGGCUCAGCUCUGAGCCAUUUUCCUGACCUGGGUGAGAACACACUAGCCUGGUGGGUUUCUCACCAUCAUCUGGUCCUUCAU